UUUAAAUUAACAGUGGUCGACAACAUACAGAGAUUAAACAUGAUAAAUGGCGACACAGAUUAAACAUCUUGAAUAUAAAUGACACUUAAGUCUUGGAUAUAAAAGACAUUUGUACUUUAUUGGUAAAUUGUUUAGGUAAAUAGAAGAAAAGUUCAUCAAUAUUUUAAACUUAAUAGAGCUAUCUUGCUUCUUUGGCAAUGUUUAAAGUAUGGUUAGUAAUGUUGCUGGUAAAUAUUGUUGGCGGUGUAAUAAAAAUUGCUGAUUUCUAUCCAUUUGGGAGUUCAACAAAUGAUCAAAUGCUUCAGCGUGUUGAUGAUGCUUCAACAAAAAUAAGCAUAUCAUUCAACUAUCCAUUCUUUGGUUCCAUUUACCAAGAAGUUUAUUUAAGUACAAACGGUAUAAUAACUUUUGGAGCUAGUAAUACUGAUUACCGCCCGAAACCAUACCCAUUGACCAGUAUGCAAUCUGUGGCAGCGUAUUGGACAGACAGCGAUCCUUCAAAAGGAGGAAAUGUUUUCUAUAAAGAAAUAACAAAUAGAACUGUUCUCAAAAAAAUUUCUGAAGAAAUUAAACAUCGUCUUAUCAGUUACAAUAAAUUUAAUGCUGAGUGGGCGCUAAUUGUCACUUUUGAUCAGGUGCUUCCAUACAGCUGCGGAUGCAAUACGACAUGUAACAGUAACGUGACGCACCAAACAGUUUUAACCAGUGAUGGAGUUAAUUCGUUUGCAAUUUUUAAUUUUAACCAGCUUGGUUAUUCUACGGGAGCAAGAGAAUGCAAAGAUUAUGCUCAAGUAGGGUUUAACGCUGGCGAUGGAAAAAGAUUUUUUCUUAUGCCAAAAUCUAACACCGCUGGCAUAUCAGAAGUUGCGCUUUUUCAAAGCAACAUUGGAGUACCUGGAAAGUGGAUAUUUUCAACUGAUGCGAAUGACAUUAUUGAACAAUGUAACACAAAAGGCCAGCUUGAAAUAUUUCCGAGGAAGACACUCUAUUUUGGAGCGUGCAAUCUUAUAAUAUCAGGCGUUUGUUACCAGCAAAAUAAUUUGAACGUUUCAGUUUUGAUUGAUGACGUUUCUGUUCAAUGCUUCUUUGGACAAUGGCAAAACUUGCAAUGCAGAGUUCCGUUUCUCAAAAAACUAGGAAAAAUUGAUAUACUUUUAGAAUACAACUCAAUUAAAUAUAAGAGCUUUAUUAUAUCUGUAGGAAGAGAUGACAAUACUGUAGUUGAAAAUAUAAACAAGAUUCACUCCGAAUCAAACAUAGAUGGAAAUUUUUCAGUAGAGUGGGAUCCCACAUAUGAAGAUCAGCAAAGUAUUGAGUUUUCAGGAUAUCAGAUUGAUCACUAUAUUAACAAUCAAGGAAAUAUUAUUUUAGAAGAUAUAAUUGCUUUACAAUAUGGUUAUUUUCCCAACAACGGAAAAGUCUUUUUGCAACCCACUUUAAAGCCAAAUUUUCAAAAAAAUGAUCAACUUCAAUUAAUUAGAAGUAUUUUUCUUGCAGGGUUCUUUACUCCUACAUCUGUUGUUGCAGCCAUGAUUAUUAAAACAGAGAAUUCAGCAGCCACGGUGCAUUGCACUAAUUGGUAUAAUAAUCAAUCGUCAACUUCAGAAAUGAGAAGAAUUGUCGAAGAUUUAAAUAUAAGAAAACCUUGUUUGCCGGGAAUCCCUCCAAAUUUUCCUAAUAGAAUAGACAAUUACGUUAUUGACGAAAGUUGCAACCCGAACGAUGUAAAAAAUAAAGUUAUGUGCGAGAUGUUUCAUCCUGGAGCUAAGGGCUGCUAUAGAAGCACAAAAAAUGAAGGAGAUCCAGUUACCCAAUGCUGCUACACAAAUGAUUUCAAAUUAUUGUUAGGAAAACCUUCUGGCGGAACUCUUGGUUUUGGUGAUUUAGAAAUAAAUACAAUGGGUCAUUUCAAAAAAGAUGUACUGCCUUUUUUAACUUGUUGCAAAAUAGGAGUCAACCAGUGUGAUAAAUAUUAUGAAAAACGACCAAGUAUAAAUCCUCGACCCAUACCACCAAUAAUACCCAGAAACGCAAAUGGAGAUCCUCAUUUUACAACAAUGGACGGAACUUCUUACAGCUUUAACCCAGUUGGUGAGUUUGUUUACCUGACAACGCAAAACGAAUCUGACAUAAUUCAGUCGCGAAUGUCUCAAUAUAUUGAUCAAAAAGGCAUUAAAAAAGAUGCUAGUUUUUUUUCUGGAUUUGUAAUUAAAAGUAAUAAUUCCGACAUUAUUCAAAUAGAAUUAAGUAGCAAGCAGACUUUUGUGUUCAUUGUUAACGGACAAUCAUUAAGUUUAGAUUUUGGAUUUUGGAAUUUUAAUGGAAUAAGUUUAAAUUACGAAAACAAUGCAACUGUUGUAAUUCAAACUUACUCAGGUAUUCGAUUUGAAAUAAUAGCUCUUAAUAAAGCACUUCACACUAUUUUAAUUUUAUCGGAUACUUUUAAAAAUCGAAUUAGUGGUUUAGUAGGAGACUGGGACGACAACCCAAGCAAUGAUCUAAUGUUGCCAAACGGGACAUUUAUUUCAACCAACUCAUCUAACUAUAACAUUCACUUUAGUUUCGGAAUGUCUUGGUCAACUUCUAAUAAAACAUCUUUGUUUACAUACCCUAAAGGUCUUUCAUGGUUUGAUUAUCAAGAUCAACGUUUUGUUCCUGAUUUUUCAUCUCCAGUUGAUUACCCACAGUGCAACGGAAACAAAGAUUGUAAUUACGAUAUACAAGUUACCGGUAACGUAGAAUUUGGAAUGAGUAAUUUAGUUAUAUUUAAUAGAACAAUUGAUUUAAAACAAACCUACAAAAAUAUAGUUCAAACGUGCUCUACUAAAAUUAGCGUACCAAAUGGGAACGUUGAAGUAAAAGAAUACGGAAACUCAGUGCAAUACUUUCUCACCUGCAAAGAUGGAUUUAAAGUUAGUGGCAAUAAAUCCUCAUUCUGCGUUUCUGGUACACACACACUUGGUUCAUGUGACUUUCACUCUAAUUCAAGCAAAAGGUUCAAACUUGCUUCAAGUCUUUUUAUUUGGUGUUUGAUCUGCAAUUUUUUUUAAAACUUAUUGAAACUUAUUUUUUCAAUACAUUUUUGUAAUGAUUUAAUACACUUUAUA